AUGGUGAUCAAGUUUGCUCUAAUUUGGGCCGUGGUGGCGAUUGCCGCGGUGCAACAUGCAUAUGCAGGACAUGCUCAUAGUUUUGCCCAUUACCAUGGCCCUGUGGAAGGACCAGCAGAAGAAGUGUCUGUGCACGGCAAACACGGCCACCAUCACAUCGGCUACGUGGCUUAUCCAAAAUACGAAUUUUCGUAUGGAGUGGAUGACCACCAUACCGGAGACCAUCACGGUCAAACAGAGCACAGAAAUGGAAAAAACGUAGCCGGUGAAUACACCGUUAAGGAACCAGGCGGUAACGUAAGAACUGUGAAGUAUCACGCUGAUCCUCACGGCGGAUUCUUCGCCUACGUCCACAAUUCCGACGGAAACAAUCACGAGGGUGGUUCUUACGGUGGACAUGGAGGAUCAGAAGGACACAGCGGAUACUACUAA